UUUCAGCCUCUGUGGCGGACUUCACAACGUUUUACUGUAGUUUCCAGCCUACUGACCUCUGUAGAUUUACACAAGACCGUGACGACAACACCGAUUGGACUCGACAGUCGUCAUCAAUUUCGUCAAAAUCUGGACCAAAGACUGAUCACUCAUAUGGGAAUGGCUAUGGUUAUUAUAUGGCAUUGAAAACCAUCAACACUCCUAGGUCUAGUGCUGGUACCACGAUCAGUCGUAUAACUUCGCCAACAUUCAAACCAGCUUCAAACUAUUGUCUUCGUUUCUGGUAUACUAUGUUUGGAAAAGAUGUUGAUACCCUUAAUGUAUAUGCAAAGGUACAUGGAGGAAGAGGUUAUCCAAUAUACACCCGUGUUGGAAAUGCUGAUCCCUAUUGGCACCUAGCACAGAUUGACAUUGGACCUGAAUAUACGAAAUCUUCUUUUCAAAUAACAUUUGAGGGCUCGUACCAUGCAUAUAAAGUACACCAUUAUUCGAAUUCACAUUAUACCUAUAUAUAUCAUUAUGAUGAUGGUAAUAUCGCAAUAGAUGAUUUUUACAUCUAUAAUACUACCUGUAAUAAUCUUCCAGCUGUUCCUGCAGAUUCUUUUAUACGCAGAACGGUUAACGAAACGUCCUACUAUACUUUUCAUAAAACACCUGCUACCUGGUAUAAUGCACAGGAAACAUGUAGGAAAGAAAAUCCCCGUUCAAGUCUGGCUGUCAUCAAAAGUGCGUCAGAACAAUCAUUCCUUGUAAAUUUGAUCAACUCUGAAGUUGAACUGACCAUUGUUGGCCAGAAUGGCUUUUACCUUAAUGGAAACGAUGUGGAUUCUGAAAAUAAUUUCAAAUGGACAAAUACCGGGUAUCCUGAAACUAUUCAUUAUACAAACUUCCAUCAAGGUCAACCUAACAAUGUUGGGAACAUCCAAGACUGUCUUCUGAUGGAAUAUCCAGCAGAUAACUAUGAAUGGGGAGAUGUGUCCUGUACAGAAAAACACCCAUUUAUCUGUGAAACAACAAUGCCUUGAUCUUAAUGAAAUAAACGAUAGAUCAUAUCAUA